UCGGUACACUUGCUGCGGCUGGGCGGCUAGUUCAAGUUGCCAUAGCUGCGAGUCUGAGGAGAGUUGAGUCGGUUGUGCCGCGGCGUCUGGUCAGUUACACCUUCUGGGUCACUGGUGGACGCGGGAGCCCUGUGGGGCCUUGGCGAUGAUCUGGCAUUAAGGGCCCGGGGUCCUCUUCUAUCGCAGGUGGUUUGGGGGAAGUACAGGGGCAACCAAAGAUCAUCCACUUGACUAGGCCUUUUGCCCUGAACCUCAUGAAGAAAUGAUAGGAGGCAGACAUAUGUGCUGGGUGUGCUUUGAGUUCCAUCAGAUGCAAAAGUUUGAACAUCUUUUAUUGCUCAAAGUAAUUGAAAUUAAAAGCUGAAGACUUUGUGAACUAGCGAAAUUCAUGCCAGAAAGUGUGAUUUUAUUUCAUUAAAAGUAUGUAAUUCUUACGGGGAGUUUUGUACAUCAAUGGCUGAAUCCUCCAGUGAUUCAGACCACUUCUGCUCUCGUGACCGAUUGAGUCGAUGGGCUGCCAGUUCAUUACAAAGGGAAACUCGAAAUCGUCAUACUGCAGAUGUUACCGAGAAAGUCAACACUAUAACAAGUACUUUACAGGACACCAGUCGGAACCUGAGACAAGUUGACCAGAUGCUGGGACAGUAUCGAGAAUAUAGUAAUGGACAGGCGGGUGCUAUAGAAAAUUUAAAAGAAAGCUUGGAACAAUCAAUAGGCCAACUUCGGAGUCAGCGUUUAUCGAGAAACUCAGGAGGGAGAAGAAGUAUUUCUGUUACAAGUCUGAGUACAAGUGACCUCGACGGUGGCACUGUGAUAGAGAGCCACCGCUUUCCACCUACCUCACCUCUAAAGGACUAUGGGGAUCAACAGGGCAUUAAAAGAAAUAGGUCCAGAACCGGUGUCCGAUUUGUUCAGGAGACUGAUGACAUGGGCCAGUUUCAUGCUUUUCAUCAGUCCCUCCGAGACCUCAGCAGUGAACAAGUUCGCCUUGGAGAUGAUUUCAACCGGGAACUUGUCAGAAGAAGCCGAUCGGAUGCUGAAACAAAAAGGGCUUUGGAAGAACUGACUGAAAAACUUAAUGAAGCCCAAAGAAAAGAAGUGGUUUCAGAUCGGGUGGAGCGACGGCUUCAGGAAAUAGAAAGAGAAAUGCGUACAGAAAGAGAGGUGGUGGAAAGACGUCAGGAUCAACUGGGACUUAUUUCUUUGCAGCUACAGGAGGCAUUGAAGAAACAAGAAGCUAAAGCUGAUGAGAAUGAGGAAGUAAUGAAAAAUAAGCUAAGACAGACUGAAACUGAGAAGAGUAAACUUGAGCAGGAAUUGGAGCUAUCUCGAAGGUUAUUGAAUCAGUCAGAAGGCAGCAGAGAAAUACUUUUGCAUCAGGUAGAAGAACUCCGUACACAACUUAUGAAAUUAGAAGGCGAUCAAAAGGAUUUACAACAUCAAGUACCUCAGAUUUCCAAGCAACAGUCAAACCAUCAGGAUGAACAAGGAGAUGACUGGAGGAUUAGGAGAGGGGUUGAGCGGGAAAAAGAGAAUCUGGAGAAGCAGAUGUCAGAUUUGAGAGUGCAGCUGAACUUCAGUGCAAUGGCGGCUGAGUUAGAGGAAGUGAAGCGGUGCAUGGAGCGAAAAGACAAGGAGAGAGUACAUUUGGCAGCACAAGUUGAGAAUUUAACGUGUGAAUUAGAGAACAAGGAAAAACAGCAACUACAGAUGUUGGAUGAAUUGAAGGAGAUCCAGAGUCACUUUGAGACGUGUGACGCCAGACGUAAGCGAGCUGACCUCCAGAUCUCAAAGCUGACUCAACAUGCUGAGGAUGCAACCAAGCAGGCUGAGCAGUACCUCACGGAGUUCCAGCAGUCAGAGGCCCUGAGACAGGAGGCAGAGAAAAGGAGAGAAGAGCUGAAGGUGAAAGCUCAGGAGUCUAUUAGGCAGUGGAAGCUUAAGCACAAGAAGUUAGAGCGAGCACUGGAGAAACAAUCUGAAACUCUUGAUCAACUGGCAGAGAAGAAUAAUCAGAUUCUAAAAGAAAAGGAUGAAUUGAAAAGCCAGCUUUAUGCAGCAUUACAACAAAUAGAGAAUCUUCGAAAGGAAUUGAAUGAUGUGUUAACCAAGCGUGCCCUUCAAGAGGAGGAGCUUCACUGUAAGGAGCAGAAGCUAAAUGAUAUUAAGUCUCAUCAAGCUGACCUUGAACUAGAAGUCAAGGAUUCCCUGGAUACCAUCCAUAGACUGGAAGGUGAAUUGAAAAAGCAGAGUAAGAUUCAAAGCCAGAUGAAAGUUGACAAAGCUCACCUGGAGGAAGAAAUUGCAGAGCUAAAGAAGAGCCAGGCCAAGGACAAAGCUCAACUUCUUGAGAUGCAGGAGGCCAUCAAAGACUUGAGUGCCAUUCGGGCAGAUCUUGCAAAUAAAUUGUCGGAGGAACAGAAAGCCAGGAAAGAGGUUCUUAAGAACCUUUCUGACCUCAAGACACAGGCAAAAUCUAAAGAUGAAGAAACAGCUACAAUCAUCACACAGUUAAAGCUAGAAAGAGAUGUUCACCAGAGGGAGCUGGAAGAUCUCACAUCCUCACUGCAGAGUGUAAAAAGUAAACAUGAACAAAAUAUCCAGGAGCUGAUGAAGCACUUCAAGAAAGAAAAGAGUGAGGCUGAGAGUCAUAUUAGGACACUGAAGGCAGAAAGCUUAGAAGAUAAAAAUAUGGCUAAAGUCCAGCGUUGUCAGCUAGAGAAGUUGAAAUCACAGUAUGACAGGCUGACAGAGGAAUUAACCCAGAAUGAAAAUGAGAACAAAAAACUGAAGCUAAAAUAUCAGUGCUUGAAGGACCAACUAGAAGAAAAGGAAAAACAUAUAAGCAAUGAAGAAGAGCACUUAAGGAGGAUGGAAGAGGCCAGAUUGCAGCUCAAGGAUCAACUUCUUUGUCUGGAGACUGAACAGGAAUCAAUUCUUGGUGUGAUAGGAAAGGAAAUUGAUGCAGCUUGUAAAACUUUCUCCAGGGACUCAAUGGAGAAACUGAAAGUUUUUUCAUCUGGUCCUGAUAUUAAUUAUGACCCACAUCGCUGGUUAGCAGAAAGCAAGACGAAACUUCAAUGGCUCUGUGAGGAACUGAAAGAGAGAGAAAACAGAGAGAAAAGUCUCCGGCACCAGCUGAUGCUAUGCAGACAGCAGCUGAGGAAUAUGACUGAAAACAAGGAAUCUGAGCUCCAGUGUCUCUUUGAACAGAUAGAAAGACAGGAACAGCUUCUGGAAGAAAUACAUCGGGAGAAGAGAGAUCUGCUGGAGGAGACUCACAGAAAAGAUGAAGAAAUGGAGUCUCUGCAGGACCGGGUAAAUGCAUUAGAAAUGAGUACCCGAGUGGCCUUGGACCAUCUGGAGUCUGUGCCUGAGAAACUGAGCCUACUAGAAGAUUUCAAAGGCUUCAGAGAUUCCCGCAGUUUAUCUGAGAGAAGUGACGGGAGAUAUUCUAGAUACAGAUUUUCCAGAGAGUCUCUUCAGCAGCGCCAGGAUGACACCAUGUACAGAAUCCCAAACUUCAAAGAUGACAGAGACUUUGUGGAACGUUCCCAUGCUCAUGGGUUAGAUCAGUCAUCCUCUUGGCAGGAUCAUAGUCACUUCCUGUCUAGUCCACGAUUUUCUCACUUGAACUAUAAUUCUGGUGUGUGGAGAAAGGGGCAAGAAGAAAACAGGAAGAGAGAAAAUGGCUUGGACUGGGAUGAUGGUAAUGCAGACGGUGUGAAGCAGAAGGACUGCAGCGAAUUGGGAGCAUUUACCCAAAGAACAGUUGCUCCAGAUUCACCAUUAAUCAUGGAAGAUGCCACAGAUUUAUUGAUGGAUGGGACAAGUCCACAAUCCAAAAAGGAGGAAUCCGAAAGCAAAAAGAGCAAAAUGUAAUUAGUUGCUUUGCAAAUAACAGUAUAUGUAUCCCUGCCAUAGUUUGGCCCAGAUCAUCUAGCGGACGUUCUGCAGCUUCUGUUCUUUGGCAUUGUCAGACGCUGACUAAAGUUAACAGUGCAGUUGGUCUUUGUGGAUGAUAAAAGUUCAACCAAUCCAAAUAAUGUCAGCUCGUGAAUGACAUGCAGCUAACCUAUUGGCAACUUAAACCCGAAGAGAAAGAAUGAUAUUUUUCACUUUGCAUUUUACUUUUUCAAGUGUGGUCGAUCACAUUUUUCUGACCAAAAUUUGGAUUUAUAAUUGAGGUUUUUCAAAAAUGACUGGCUUAAAAGGAGGAAAAUGAGUUCUCCUUGAGGCAGCACUUUAAAUUCAGGGAGCAUUUAUGUACAAUUGAUUUUUUUUUCCUAUGCUUUCUCCCUCAUAAAUUAUCAUGUGUUAUAACAUGUCAUGGAGAUAUGCAUAUAUAAUAUUAGACAGUCCACUUUAUAAAUGCUCAGGAUUGUUACAUCCAUCAUCUCAGCAAACUAUUACUACAUUCAAUAUCUUAACAUUGUUUCCAAUCAUCCAUUUUUUAUAGCCAUAAAGAAUUUACAAAUGUCAUCUGCAUUGUAGAGCUCUAAAGAAUUCAUAGCACAAUUUAUUUCUUUGUCUUUUUGUGGCCAAAUAUCCCACUGUGACCACACCGGUCAUAUCCUGGACCAUCCUCGGUUUACUCGGACAAAAAUCACAGCACCAAAUCCUCUGUCCAUGAGAUUUAUUUGCCAAGAGUUCUGGUAUAAUUCAGUACCAUCUACCUACUUUUAGCAUCUCAGCUUUCUCAACAUGAAAGGUUUUUUUAAGAAUUUCUUCCCUUUACUUUCUGAUCUAUCAGUGGAGAAAGAUUUCUGUUCAAUGCUAAAUAUUAUUAAACAUCCAGGAACUAAAUCCUGCUGGAAAAUGAUGAAAACAUUUUGAACAGAGACAAGGACAAUAAAGUAAUACCUUUA